AGCUAUCACAUUACCUUUGACGAAGUAUCAAAGCAAGUGCAUCACUUGAGAGAUGUUAUACUAUGGGAUAUUCAGAGUGGUUUUGAGAUGCAAUGUCAAUGUUACGACUUGGAUGAAAAUAGUUUCUUAAAUCACUUGAUGUUUACAAAAUUUUGGUUUAUCCGCGUCUCAAGUGUAAACAAGAAACGUUUCUGCCUGAUGUUACUGGAAGACGACAUUCCCUGCGCAUGGACGCUGUCUCUGUUGUUGAAAUCUAUCUGGAAUUGUCGUCCGAAAGAUGCCGCUGCGUCGCAAUCUGAAGCCACUGUGUGGACCAGCUAUGAUCAGAUUCCCAUGGAUCACAACAGAACGGCGGUACCUUUAGAGGUGCUAGUAGAAGUCAUGGAAGCGGAUCGUAAAUUUUUUCGAACCCUGGACUCGAGUCACAAAGCCGAGUUCAUAUCAGAGCUGCUCAAGAUCGCUGGGGGUCCCAUCGUGUGGGCUGUGUUUCACAAAGCCCAGACCAUUUUCGACGAGUACCGCGAGGAACAACUCCAGAAUUUACUAGAGAGUGCAGCGGUUAUUGAAGGACAGGAGAGUCGCGUUAAAACAUCGAUGCCGAUGGAAGAUAAGGGCAAGAAAGAUCAACGCCGUAAAACUUCUGCGAGCGGUGGUGGAGAUGGCGGGUUUACUUUUCCUGCUCCGAAAGACGCACAGCGGGAGUUGGAGGUAUGUUUGGCUCAAUGGACAUCUAUCAUAAAGUCUGUGAAAGACAGCCAAAAACUCGAGGAAGUGGAAUUGAUCUUCAGCGAUGGGACGAAGAAGAGGAUUUGGAAGAUUAACAGACCUAAACCGGAAGUCACUGAGACUGUGGAUUAUCUUCAGUUAUUACCGCAAGCGGUGGUCAAGCGAAUAUUGAAUUUUGUGCCCCGGGCACAACUGGCUGACUGUGCGCGGGUCAACAGAUACUGGGCGUAUCUCGUGGAAGAACUUAAGUCCGAGCUUGCCGCACGUUACAAAAUCAAUAUGGACAUUGAGAAGCUGACGGAAAUAAUGCUCCGUCACGACACAAUUAACCAGAGUAUGGACACGUUUAAAACCGCGACUACGGCCUCGUGCAGUGCUCUCGCGUCUCGGCAGUAUAUAAAGCGGCAGAAUCAGAAUUACUCCAAGCAGCCUAGCCAAAAGUCUGGGGCUACAAAUAUAUUAAAACGCGUUUUACGUGAUACUAAAAUUAAGCUGCCUCCGAUUCGUAAUCUGGCAGAGCUUUCGGAGAGGCUAGACCGCCGGGGAGCGGCGGACGAUAGUUUGAAGGAUUGGUGCAAGGCUGUACUCGCACAAUAUAAUCCCGCAAACUAUGGGCUCAAUCUACCCCCCAUAAGAAGAGAAAUUUCGUCGGCGGAUAAUGGCAUCAUGGACUUUGCUGCCAUCACUUUCCCGUGUCCUUUGAUGAGUAUGAGCUUGAUUCUGCCGCUCAAACCGCCGCUAUGCAAGGAUCCUACAGCUACAUCCUCGUACAAGAAAACUAAAACUUCAAACAUCAAUGCUUCAAAGGUCAACUUUUCAACGCUGGACAAAAAGGGCUGCAGACGUUAUAACCUUUGGAGCCGAGACUUUUCGAGUCUGUAUACCGCUUCGAAAAUUCCUAGUUAUAAAUCUCCAAUUUAAAUAGACAAUAAAUUGAUUCUUCUAGCUACUGCCCCGUUUGUGUUUUAAU